GUGCCUCUUUCAAAACAAAUCAAUAUCUCCAUUAAUGCCAAAUCUAGCAUUUACGAUGAUUAGUUGGGUGUUUCUGCUGCUGCUACCUAUCACCAUUGCUGUAGGAAAGCUUCCUCAGGCAGCUCCUAUUACUAGCGAGAGGAUUUCUGGAAGUGCUGGCGAUGUCCUUGAAGAUGACCCAGUAGGAAGAUUGAAAGUUUACGUAUACGAACUUCCAAGCAAAUAUAACAAAAAGCUGUUGCAAAAAGACCCGAGAUGUCUCACUCAUAUGUUUGCUGCUGAAAUCUUCAUGCAUCGAUUCCUUUUAUCAAGUGCCGUUAGAACUCUUAAUCCUGAAGAAGCUGAUUGGUUUUAUACCCCUGUGUACCCUACUUGUGACCUAACACCUAAUGGGUUGCCUUUGCCCUUCAAAUCUCCGCGGAUCAUGAGGAGUGCAAUACAACUUAUCUCUGCAAAUUGGCCUUAUUGGAAUCGAACAGAAGGAGCUGAUCACUUUUUUCUUGUUCCUCAUGAUUUUGGAGCUUGUUUUCAUUAUCAAGAAGAGAAAGCUAUUGAACGAGGCAUUCUUCCAUUGCUACAACGUGCUACCUUAGUCCAAACUUUUGGACAGCGGAACCAUGUAUGUUUGAAUGAGGGCUCAAUCACAAUACCACCAUAUGCACCCCCUCAGAAGAUGCAGGCUCAUUUGAUUCCCCCAGACACUCCCAGGUCCAUCUUUGUCUAUUUUCGUGGUUUGUUUUAUGAUGUCAACAAUGAUCCUGAAGGUGGUUAUUAUGCAAGAGGUGCAAGGGCAUCAAUUUGGGAGAAUUUCAAGAACAAUCCACUGUUUGACAUCUCGACUGACCACCCAACCACAUAUUACGAGGACAUGCAACGAGCCAUUUUCUGCUUAUGCCCUUUGGGUUGGGCUCCAUGGAGUCCUAGAUUAGUAGAAAGUGUAGUAUUUGGUUGCAUACCUGUUAUUAUAGCCGAUGACAUUGUUUUGCCUUUUGCUGAUGCUAUCCCUUGGGAAGAUAUUGGUGUGUUUGUAGCAGAAAAAGAUGUACCUUACUUAGAUACUAUUCUCACUUCUAUACCACCACAUGUUGUCCUAAGAAAGCAAAGGUUUCUAGCCAAUCCAUCAAUGAAGAAGGCAAUGUUGUUCCCACAACCAGCCCAACCUAGAGAUGCAUUUCAUCAAAUCUUAAAUGGGCUUGCUCGGAAAUUGCCUCAUCAAAAGACUACCUAUCUGAAGCCAGGAGAAAAGAUACUCAACUGGACAGCAGGUCCAACUGGAGACUUGAAACCUUGGUAAGGCAGUUAUGAGCAUGGCCAUAUAUAUUACACUGCCACCGUCCAUCUUGUCCAUGAAAUUAAAGCCUAAUGCAUCCUUCUUACCCCCGA